AUUAGUCGGUCUACGUUCGUUGAACUAUGAAGACGAUUAUUGGAUUUCUCCGCCGAUUUCUCUGGCUCAGUGUUUUUCCAGUUGGAAGUGCAAUCGCUGGAACCGAUGGCUUUUAUACAGCUGGUGUGGCAGAGUAUCGGCCGGCGAUAAUGGGCGGUACUUCACAACAGCUGUUGGAGGCCAAUCUGGCUGGUUAUCUGGAGCUCUUGGCUUCGGCUAAUGGCACCACAGAUAUUGUGAUCUUUCCGGAGGCAACUUUAAAUACGGUUCUUACCCUGACGGCAGUGCCGGAGUCUACGCAACAAAGUCUGUGUGAAGAGCAGCCUGGAGAUGACCCAGAAAUUGCUAGUUUUCUGAGACAACUUGCCUGUGCCGCCAGAGAAUAUGGCACAUAUCUCGUCAUCAAUGUCAAGGAGCGGGCUCCAGAGAAUUGUCCUUUGGGUGCUAUCUGUUCCAGUCGUGGUUAUGUUGUUCAUAAUACUAAUGUUGUGUUCGAUAGACAGGGAGCAGUGGUCUCACGCUAUAGAAAGUGGAAUCUUUACCUGGAACCCUCUACCAACCGAACUGAAUCCCCCGAGCUGGCCACCUUCACAACCGACUUCAAUGUGACCUUCGGCCAUUUCAUCUGCUUCGAUAUGCUGUUUUAUACCCCGGCUCAGGAUUUGGUGGAGCAAUUGGGCAUCCGCCAUGUAAUCGUCACCAAAAUGUUUAACUCGGAAUUGCCUUUUCUUACAGCCUCUCAAUUCCAGCAGGGUUGGGCAUGGGCUAACCGAGUGAACCUCCUGGCUUCCGGAGCAAGUCUACCUCAGUCGGGAAUAAGUGGCAGUGGGAUUUACUCUGGUCAACAGGGCGCCUUGGCCCGGCUUAUGAUCACGGAUGAGGCUGAGGGUCAAAGGAAGUUGCUCCUGGCUCAAGUUCCCCUGAAUCCCGAAGAGCACAUAACCACGGAUGAGAUUUUAGAAGUGCAAAAUACAAAUCCUACCAAACUGAAACUGCUUCAGCAACCCCAACUGGAGAACUUCACAACCUGGGAGUUGCCAAUGGUUAAGGGAAGUUCAGUGAGCAAAAGAAUCUGUCAGGCGGAUUUAUGCUGUGAGUUCCGGAUCAGCUGGACUCUAGAAGGAACGCGACCGGGAUAUAACUACCGAUUGGGGGUUUGGGUGGGCGUAAGGCGUUACGAGGAGGAGCAGUAUAGUGCCAUCCGGCUAUGUGGUCUAUUUGCCUGUAGCAGUUCCAGUGUGGAAAGUUGUGGGCUAAUCAGAGAAGAGCAGGCAAGCUAUGGACAUUUGGUAGAGCAUGAGGUGAUGUUCACCGAAUUGCAUAUCCUUGGGGAAUUUGUACGCAAGCCUCGACGUCUCAUUAUGCCCAGCACUCUCAGCUCCUCCAAUCUGUAUGCCUUGCAACCCUCUCAAUUAAGCUGGUCAAUGGAGGAAAUGGAUAACCUAACGCGGAUUAAGAUGGAACUGCGAGAACCUCAUAGCCAGCUAAUGACCUUCGCCAUAUAUGGCAACUACUUUGAUGAAUAUGCGGAUGGUGGAGCCAACACAAUGGAGGGCAUUAAAUCAGGAACCCUGAUGUUACUCCUAAUCACGCCGUUAACGAUGAUGCAUAUCAUCUGACAUGUUUUUAAAAUUAGUUUUUUAUUAUUUAACAAUUAUUAUUAAUAUAUAAUAAUACUGUUUUUAAUCUGUGUAAUAUUGAAAAAAUCAUA